AUGAGUGUAAAAGACGAUUCAUUACUUUGUCCAAUAACAUUGGAAUUAUUUAAAGAUCCAGUCUUAGCACAAGAUGGUCACACAUAUGAAAGAAAAGCUAUUGUAGAAUGGAUUGAAAGGAAUGGUCGAAGUCCAUUAACUAAUCAGCUAUUAUCACUCGAACAUUUAUAUCCUAAUUAUGCUAUUAAAAAAGCUAUAGAUAAUUUUGAAAAUUCAAUGAAAAAUAAAAAAUAUCAAUAUAUUCUUAAUGUUGAUGUGAAAAGAAAACCUGGACGACCAUUAUUUCAAACAUCUGAAAAAAGUAUUUACAUUGCAGAAUGGUUAUUAAUAAAUGAAAAUCGCCCAGAAAUAGUACUCUUAAAAAUAGACGGUGCUCGAUCACAGAAAGAAGCAUCGUUUUAUGUUGAUCUCAGUCGUCAUCCACAUAUUGUUCGAACAUAUGGAAUAGUACAUGAAGAAAAUGUUAAUGAUGAUAACAAUGCAAUUAUGUUAUUACAAGAGUAUGCUCUUAUGGGGAGUUUAUUUGAUAUAUUAGAAGAACGAAAAAAGCCGCCAGAUGAAAAAAUUCUUAUUGAAAUAUUUUUACAAAUUACUGAUGCAAUGAUUUUUUUAGCUUUUAACAAUGUUGUUCAUGCUGAUUUAGCUUGUCGUAAUGUUCUCGUUUUCCGUUUUGACGAAAAUGAUCCAAAAAGUGUUAUUGUAAAAGUCACUGAUUUUGGGCUUAGUCGAUACAGUAAACUAUAUUCAAUACGUCCAAGUGCAAAACAAACUGUUUUAAAUAUUGUUCCGAUACGAUAUGUAGCACCAGAAAUACUUAAACGGAAUACAACAUCAGAUGAUUACACAGAAAAAUCAGAUGUCUAUUCAAUGGGUGUUUUAAUGUGGGAGGCUUAUUCUCGUUGUGCUAUUCCUUGGGCGAAAAUUCCUGAUGAUAAUGAAGUUGCUCGACUUGUUAUCAAUGGUGAACGAUUAACAAGACCGGCAAAUUGUAGUGAAUACUAUUGGUCGAUUAUUCGUAAAACUUGGUCAAAUUCACCGGAAGAACGACCCACAUUUGGUGAAUUAAAAUGUCUUUUAACUGAACAGUAUAUUCGCAAAACACUUAAGCCAACCAAUAUAAGUAUCUCUGACAUUCCUCUCGAUGCAAUAUGGGCACAGAAUGCUGUGACUGUUGGUGGAUUGGUGGUAUCAGACAGUACCGACAACCAACUGUGUGAGCCUCAUGGUCUCUUUAUUGAUGCUGAUGAUGAAACAAUAUUGAUCGCUGACUACAAGAAUCAUCGUAUCAUCCAGUGGAAGAUAGGUGAUGAAAAUGGACAAGUCGUUGCUGGUGGAAAUGGCAAAGGACAUGCGUAUGGGCAAUUAUGUUGCCCAAGCGAUGUGCUGAUCGACAAAGAGACCGAUAGUCUCAUUAUCUGCGAUCUUGGACGAGUUGUGCGAUGGACUCGUCAUAACAGCUUCAAACGAGAAGAGAUCCUGAUCAACGGUAUCAGCUGUUGUCAAUUGGCCAAACAUGAUCAGAAAUAUAUUUAUGUCUCUUGCCAACAAGAAGAAGUGCGACGUUAUGAAAUAGGAACCAAAAAUUUUACUGUUGUAGCUGGUGGAAACGGAAGAGGAGAUAAUCUCAAUCAACUCGACUGGCCCGCUUAUAUCUUUGUUGAUCAGCAACAAGCUCUCUACGUGUCAGACUAUUACAAUCAUCGUGUGGUGAAAUGGAAUAAAGAUGCUAGAGAAGGAAUUCUUAUCGCCGGAGGUCAAGGUGAAGGAGGUGCUCUGACACAAUUAUCUCAUCCUAAUGGGCUAUUCGUCGAUGCCCUAGGUACUCUCUAUGUAGCAGACGCGGGGAAUAGUCGAGUGAUGCGUUGGCCUAAAGGAGCGAAACAAGGCAUUGUCAUUGUAGGUGGAAGUGGUAAGGGAUCAGCCGCAAAUCAAUUUCGAUUUCUCCGUGGUUUAUCUUUUGAUCGUCAUGGCAAUCUCUAUGUCGCCGAUCAGUUUAAUUAUCGUAUUCAACGUUUUUCUAUCUUAGGUUAA